AUGAGUCGACUUCCUGAACGUCCAAUAUCGACACCGAAAACUCUCACUCGACCAAGACCUAGCAAGAACCGCGUGCGCGCGACACGCAUUAACAUGCUUCAAAUACGAUCUCUCACCCUCCUCCUAUUCACCCUUCUUUCCUCGUCUUCCAUACCAACAGCCACCGCGAUCCCCCAACUCCCUGCCGGUGUCAACCUCAAAGAAGACAAUGGCCAAGUAACCAUCAACCGCGAUCCAACCGACAACCAAACCGACAACCACCUCCCUAUCCGCGCUACUAUAUUCUCCGGUGUACCCGGCCCCACCCACUGCCGCGGGCACGUUGUCCUCCUUCUAGACCUACCACCCCCCUCGCCUUCGCCAGAUGGCAACAGCCUCCUCACCACAACACCACAAUGUUACAACAUUCCCAGCGCCGGUAACCCUUCUUCUUCUUCUACAGCCGGCUGCGGCAACUUUCUAGCCAACAAGUCAGACGGCUGCGAAGCGCGUAUGUUCGCCGAGCCGAAUUGCGCGGGGUACCUGAACACGGUGGUCUUCACCCAGGAGGACCGGGCGGUCGGGGGGCAGUGGCGAAGCCUUGAGGUGAGGUGUGGAGUGCCGGCUCCAGAUCCGGAAAGUUUGGGGAAGCCGCCGUUGGCAGGAUUUAUGGGGCAGGCGAGAAUCAAGGAGAAUAAGCCGGGACGGCGGUGGGUAGGGUAA